AUGAUACAUGACGAGCCUAUCUAUGUCGACCGUGAAACCGACACGUUCUUGUAUCAGGGAUUCUAUUCUAUUAAGAAGACACCUUGGAAACACACCAUCGUUUGUCGCAUCGGUCCUGCAGGUACCACUAAGUGGAAACCCUCAACCGAGUUCUUAGCUAAACUAGAGGAGUCUAAGGAGUUUGAACAAAAGCUCAACACUCGUACAACACAUGCACCCAACAAGAAUGCAGUCGAGGUAGUGCCGAUUGAGACGGCAUUAGAUCGUAAAAACAUGGAACUAGCUAAGACCAUGGAUCAAAGACUCAAAGCUCUAAGAAAAUCUGAAGCUCGCACUCAACUACUUAAAGCGCUGCUCAAAGAACAGCCACGAGCUGCGAAACAACUGAAGAAGAUACUUCAACAAUCUAAUGUUGUUCCUAUUCUAUUAAGAAGACACAUUGGAAACACACCAUCGUUUGUCGCAUCGGUACUGCAGCAAAUCGAUUUGGGAGGCCUAUCUGUGGAGCAUCGGGAGCAGGCUUAUCGUGGAGUAAUUGUGGCCCUAGCCAAGGAUUUGGGUCAGACUGAUUUAGGGUUUAGGUUUGCAUCUCUUGUGGAGCAUCAGGCAUGUGGUCAUGAACACUUAGUACUUCUAGUGAAAAUUAUUCAAUAUAGAACAGUUAGAGUUUACACUCCCCAACGGCCGCACGACAGUGGUCCCAGGAUCGAUCCGAAUGCCCCUCUGUAUUGCAAGGUAAGAAGUGUCCUAGCGAAAUGGAGAGAGAACGGAGCAUCCCACGAGCUUAUGCAGGCCAUCAAGUAUGGCGUGCGGCCCAAGUGUCGGUGGAUAACAAUUCCGGAGGUGGACGAGGCGAUGAUCCAGGCGGAAAUUUUACGACUGAAACAGGGCAGAAGUAUCCGACGUUGCCAGGGAGGCAACUUGGUACACUCAGCCUUCAUGAUACCAAAAUCCGACGGAAAGAGAGGCCGAUUGAUUCUAAAUCCGGAAAGCAUAAACGCUCACGCGCAGAAGAAGACCUACCAAACAGAGGGUCUAGAAAAAUUGGCGCACGUUGCGAGAUCGGGGGAUGUAGCUAUGUCAGCCGACAUAAAGGACGGCUUUUAUGCGUUAGCUGUUGCCAACCCCAGGAUCUGGCAAUUUUGCGACCACAGGCACCAGCUAUGGUGCUUCUCCGGAAAGCAUAAACGCUC